AUGUGCGCUGAAAAUCCUUCCCAAAUUCCAUUUCUUGAUUUCUCAAAAGACCCAAGAGCAUUAGAGCAAGGGAUCGAGGAGUGGGGUCUUCUAUGUAAAGAGGUUCGAGCAGCUUGCGAGACACAUGGGUAUUUCUGUGUGGCAUAUGAUAAAAUCCCCAUGCAACUAUGUGAAGAGAUGUUUGGGGCCAUGAAACCUCUCUUUGAUCUUCCUGUCGAUAUAUAGAUGAAGAAACAAGUCCCAAGCCUUUCUAUGGUUACCCAAACGCUCCACACCAUUAGCAUGCAAAUGUUAGAAUUGACUGAGAUUAUUCGGAAGAUGAUCUUUGAUAGCUUUGGUGUUAGUAAACACUAUGAUUUACAUGGCGGGGACUGCGAUCUUCUUUUUCGUAUGUUAAAAUAUAAAGCUCCGAUGAAAGAUGAUUUGACCAUGGGCCUAGUGCCUCAUACUGAUAAAACGACGGUCACGAUAUUGUGUCAAGAUGGGGUCCAAGGAUUUCAAAUGCUCUCUAAGGAAGGUGAAUGGUUGGAUGUGACAUUUUCCAAAGGCUCUCUCAUUGUCAUCGUUGGAGAAGCACUCAAGGCUUGGAGCAACGGGAGGCUCCAUGCGGUGCACCAUCAGGUUAUGUUGAGUGGAGAUAAAGAGAGGUCUACAUGCGGCUUGUUUCCAAUACCGAAAGAAGGGGUGAUGAUAGAGGUGCCUCAAGAGCUCAUCGACAAGGACCAUCCACUCAUCUUCAAACCUUUCAAGUACAUGGAUUACAUGCGCUACUUAUUCUCGGACAUUAAUGAAAUUCCCGGAGAGGAUGCACUCAAGAAAUUUGCUGGUAUUUAAUCUGAAUUGUGUAAGGGGCUUCUUGGAAUCUUAAGUAAGUGCACUUAAAGAUGACUAUGUUCUUGAGAUGUGUAAUAGCAAGGAUUAUAAUGGAUAAUCAAUCAUUUCUUA